AUGAAACCAGAAACACUCACACUGGUGCUCGUGAAUCUAGCAGGCAUCAUGGAGAGAGCCGACACAUCAUUACUACCAGGAGUAUACAAAGAGAUCGGCGCUGCUCUCAACGCCGACCCCACUGCGUUAGGCUCUCUCACUCUCUACCGAUCCCUCGUUCAGUCCUUCUGUUAUCCUCUAGCCGCUUACCUCGCUACGCGCCACAAUCGUGCACAUGUUAUUGCUCUCGGUGCUUUUCUUUGGGCUGUUGCUACAUUCUUCGUCGCAAUCUCUUCCACCUUCUUGCAGGUGGCGAUUUCAAGAGGUUUAAAUGGCAUAGGACUUGCCAUUGUUAUUCCAGCAAUUCAGUCUCUAAUUGCAGACUCCACCAUUGAUAGCAACCGCGGCACGGCUUUUGGAUGGCUCCAACUAACCGGAAACCUUGGAAGCAUCAUUGGUAAUCUCUUCGCGAUACUACUAGCCUCAACAUCAUUCUUUGGCAUACCUGGUUGGAGAAUAGCUUUUCAUAUUGUUGCAUUGGUGAGUGUCGUAGUUGGUAUAUUAGUUCGUGUCUUUGCUAAUGAUCCACACUUCCCAAACAACAGCACAAAACCCACAUCAUAUCAAAUUCCAAACAAGUCCUUUAUUUCUGAGGUGAAAGAUUUAAUAAAAGAAGCAAAGUCUGUUAUAAAAGUUCCAUCUUUUCAGAUAAUUGUAGCUCAGGGAGUAUUCGGAUCAUUCCGGGGGUCGAGUUUGUCGUUUUUCACUCUUUGGUUAGAACUAGUAGGCUUCUCACAUGGUACAACAGCAGUUAUUUGGACAGUAUUUAUAAUUUCUGCUUCAUUUGGGGGUCUGUUUGGAGGAUGGCUUGGAGAUUUUUUAUCUCAACGGUUACCAAACACUGGAAGAAUAAUGUUGGCGCAAAUAAGCGCAGGUUCGACAAUUCCCUUAACUGCGAUUUUGUUGUUAUUAUUGCCUAAUGAUCCGUCCACGCCAUUCAUUCAUGGUUUUGUUUUGGUCAUCAUGGGAAUAAUCACAUUCUGGUGUGCACCAGCAACAAAUGAUCCGAUAUUUGCAGAAAUAGUACCUGAGAAAUCGCGAACGGCGAUAUAUGCUUUGGAUCGAUCUUUUGAGUGUAUAUUGGCGUCUUUUGCUCCGCCUAUUGUUGGAGUUUUGGCUCAACAUGUCUAUGGUUAUAAACCAGUGCCGAAAGGUUCAUCGGAUUCUGUUGAAAUUGAAACUGAUAGAGAAAAUGCUGCAUCACUUGGUAAGGCGCUUUAUAGUACAAUUGCAAUUCCUAUUGCAAUAUGUGUUAUCAUUUAUUCAUUUCUAUAUUUCACGUACCCGAUGGAUAGGGAGAGAGCAAGAAUGGUUGCAUUAGUUGAAUCAGAAAUGGAUCAGCUAAAGAUGGAACAUGAAACUGGAGAAGACUAUUCUGAAACACAUGUUCUGGAGGAUAAUGAUGAGAAAGUUUUGCUGUCCGUAGUACAUUAG